CGUGACGAUGGCGGACGACGGGAAGGACGAAGCCGUGGCGCCACCGCGGCCGCGCAUGAAGCCGAUUCUGCUCUACGAGGAGCUGGUGCUUGGCGGCGUGACGACAACGGGCGUCAAGUACACGUGCGUCGACGUCUGCGCCCGCUUCCUCGCGUGCGGCGCGAGCAAUGGCAGCGUCUACGUCUUUGCGCGCAGCCAGAAGAAGCAAGCGACGAGCAACGUGCAGUUUCGGCUCCUCAAGAUGAUUGCGCCACCCUCAUCGGCGAGCGAGCGUCACCCGGUCGCGAGUCUGAGCUUUUGCCCGUCGCAGCGGUACCUUGUCGUCGGCACGGCCAAAGGCGCGGUCUACGCCAUCUCGCUUGUGGACCCCGCGCGCAUUGGCGAGAAGAUCGAGUUCUCGCACGCGCUCCACGUCGGGUUCAGCGUCAACGCCUUCCUCUGGGACGCUGACGGCUCCCGCGUCUUCUCGGCCUGUGCCGGCGGUACGGUCGCACAAACGUCGAUCCGCGCCGGCAUGUCGGUGCUCUUUGGGAACACGACCACCGAAUUUCUGCUCAAGGAAGACACGGCGAUCGUGCAGCUCGAUGUCGUCAAGACCGCGUCGCCGGCCCGCGACUACCUUCUCGUGUCGUCGCAAACGCGCGUGCUCAUCCUCAACCUCGCAGCGACCGAUGCGAACGGCGUCGUGCAGGUCGGGUCCAAGCUGCGCCAAGGCAACUACGGUGCGUGUUUUUACUUGGACGACGACGAGAAGGACUAUCGCGUCUUCUCGACACGUCCCGGGCGUCGCGUCUGGGUCGGCGACCCGUCCACCGGCACAGUCUCGUCGACGCUCAAGUUUUCGCUGACCAAACCGCCCGAGACCUUUUUCCAAGGCCCGAAUCUGCCACCGCACGAGCCCAUCUCGGUCAAGUCGCUCAACCUCUCCAAAGUGCACGUCUUCAAGUACAUUCACGAGUCGAUGGACUUUACCCCCGAGGCGCCACAGCUCCUAAGCUGGUUUCCCGGCACGUCGGCGCUCUUCUUCAUCGAUCCUGUCGGCCUCGAGUUGGUCGAGUGGCAUGUCGACCUCGGCGAAAUCCACGACCUCAAGGUGCUGGAUGCGUCGGUCUUUGCGGUGCUGCAUGGCGAUCCGGGCCGCGUCGCGAUCGUUCGCGCGUGCGCUGCUGUCGAGUUCCUCGAGCUCGCCGUCUCCAACGACGUGGCCAAGUCGAUUGAUCUGGUCGUCAAGUACAGUAUUCAAGACCUCGCGCUGCUUUUGAAUCUCCAGUGCAAGUGGACGGAACACAUCAAGCAGCAUCCCGACGACGCCUCUCUUGUGCCGAACGCGACGCUACAAGCCCUCGAAGGUCUCAUCGAGAUCGCAGCCACGCUCCUUGAAGAACAGACCAAGUACACGCUUGUACGCUCGGAUGAUAGGGCACAUGGAUACAUGGGUAGGGCACCCGAGGCCGACGUUCAGCCGCCGCACAUCGUCUUCAAGCAGCGCCGGGAGAUGCCGGCGAUCUCGUCGCCGAAAGCUGGCGCGUCGAUCGAGACGGAGCUCCGGUUUGCGUUGCCGUCGGCCGCGGCGACGUCGUACGGCCAACUCAAUCUUGCGCCGUCGUUGGUCGUGGCCGAGACGGGCGCCAGUCGCAGCCGCGUCGUGGAGAUCCCAGACCUGAGCGCCCAGGACAAGGUCGUCGACGAAGCGUGGCGCGCCGCGCACCUUCCAGCGCCAAGCGAGGCCAUCAACUACAAGCCACCGACGCUCUUUGGGGAGACGCUGGACGUUCUGGAUUUCGAAUCGCACUUGACGAACGCAACGUCGUCGCUCGUGUCGUUGCUGCCCGACAUGUCGUUUCUUCGGAGAGACUCGACGUCCGACUUUAUCGACGAAGAGAGCUUUCCGCCCCUCGAUGUCCCCGCCCACGUCGCGCCGUCCGUCGCCGCCGACCCGUCGCUUGCUUUGCGCAUCGUCAUGGCUGUCGAGACGACGACAUCCGAUGAAGACGCAGCGCUCAUUGUUCCCGAGGCGGUUCAGCUCACAGAGCCCAGUGCGUGCAUUGACCUGGAAUCGGAUGCGGAAGUCGUCCUCGAAGCCAUCUCGAUCGACUUGUGGGCCAGCCAGCUCCAGGUGCAAGCCGCGUUGCCGUGGCUCAAGGAGCUCGAGGCGACACCUCUGCCCGAACCGCCGACGUCCGGUAGCAGCAGUGGCGACGACGCGACAACGCUACCGCUGAUCGAGAGCCCCCAGAAGCUCAUGGCGCGCGCCCGGUCGCUCUCGGAGACCAAGCGGUCGCUCAUCCAGCGCACGGUCAAGCGCCAAAUGGGCGUGUACCCGGCUGCGCACGUCGACUGGAAGUGGCAUGUGGGUGGUGCGAUGCAGCAGUCGCCCGAGAUCGCGCCGAUCCUCGCCCGCCCGCUGCCAGACGUUGAGGCCGAGUUUGCAGCGCGUGUCGCGGACGCCGACCAGCACCAAAAGCUCAUGCUGUGGCCGACUGUGCACCUCACGCGGUCGGCUGCGUGCCUCGUCAACCACCUCGUGCACCAAGGUGACUUGGCACGAGCGACGCAGCUACUGCGCCAGUGGCUCGGCACCUUUGAUCCGUCGCUCGAUGCAGCCGUCAUCGAGAAGCGCAAGGCCAUCGAGCUCAUCAAGCGGUCGAAAAUGGCAGCCCCGGCGCCGAUCGAAGAAGAGCUACCGCUCACGCGUCACGACUGGCGCCUCGUGCGGUCGCUCGUCUCCCUCUACUUCCUUUUGCACGCGGACGUUCCGCUCUCGAUUGAGCCAGCCAAUACGCCCUUCGUGCUCGACAACCGGACGCGCAUGGACGACUUUGGCAUUUCACUGCUGGUCUCCGUGCCGCUGACGCCGUCGCCGUCACCGAAACUACAGCCCUUUCUCACCAAGUAUGGCAACUAUGUACACUUGGAGAUGGCCGCGCAAGUGUGCUCGGCGCUCGAGCACGCGGCCGGUCUCGAGACGGUGCUGAACCUCGCGAUUGCCAGCGAGAGCUUGGCGCAGGCGUGCGAUGACCUCCUCAUGGCCGUCGCCGAAAAGCAAGUGCUCGACCUCUCGCAGUACACCUCCCUCUGCGUCUGUCUGCACGUGCUCAACGUGCUCUUAAAGAAGGCGCCAGCCGCGGCGAUCGCGUGGUGCGUUGAGCGCUACCCGUGUGUGACUCCGUGGAACGUCCAGACAGCACUCUUUGGCUCGCAAUUCGAGCUCACACGUGACGCCCCCGGCAACGACACGUACUUUGCGUACCUCAGCGCGCUCUUGUCGACACUGGCUCGUGCUUUUUUCAACCAAUCGCACGCAGACGACGCGGACGUGGCCUUGCUGCUCACGAUCCUCGGAGCGCCCGACACGUUCGCCUUUGAUCGGGCAAGCGCAUGGGACCUCUGUAUGCAGCACGACAUGUGGGACGGCGUCUUCCAGCUCGUGCUCAAUGCAAUCGCGCAGCCGUCGUCUCGUCGGGCCGGGACGUCGGAGCUACGGACGCUGGUAUAUACAAUGCUGCAGUCGGACACCCCGUCGCGAUUGGCCAUGCUCGCCGGCCUCUUUGAGCGCAUUGCCGUGCUACCCAACCCGACACCGCUCUUGCACUGCGUGCUCGAAGAGAUGGAGGCGUUUUGCCAGCUCACGCAGAAAGACGUGGCCUUUGUCCCGCUCCUACAUGCGAUGCUCGACGCGUGCGGCGUCACGCUCGGGAUGGAGCUCCUCGCAGCGUACCCAACGCUCAUUGCGAUCGCACCGCUCGAGCUCUACCAGGCCGUCGUUGCCGCGCAGAGCCUCCACCAGCGACAGCUGCAAGAGGUGGGGCGCAUGCUCGAAGGAAUUGAUACGUACGUCUGGUCGUGCAGUCGGCGGCACCACCUCGCCUUUCCACCCCAAGUCGAAGCGCUCUUCCGCAUCGAGAGCGGGUUCUACGACACGUGGGACACGGACAUGCCCGACUACACGCCGUACAGCGCCAAAGACGACGCAGCCGGUACCAAAUUGCUGCACCGGAGCUACGAGUCGCGCAACAGCGACUGGGGUGGCGACAUCCAACUGCACGACUCGCAGUGCGCUGUCUGCGACCUGCCGCUCGUCUACCUCCAAGAAGAUGGCAAGACCAUGGAGACCAUCUUGCUGUCGUGCGGCCACGCCUACCACGACUGGUGCCUCCCGGACCGCACCUGCCCUCUCUGCCUUGGCGCUCACUUUCGCUUCCAUAGCAUUGACGCGUAA